AUUAAAAUAUUUUCGUGUACAAAAGAAUUACCCAUCGUUUAGCUAAACACAUCCUUUCCGCCACUUUUAUCUUUUUGUACUGAUUUACCUGCUCACAAAAAUUUAAUUUCCAAAAAGCGCAGGGCUUAUUCGAGUAUGCAAACUCCCGCUUAUACAAGUACGGUGUGCCGCUGCAUGGCGACGCUAACUGGACAGCAUUGGAGAUUGAGCGCCAAAGAGCAAUGUCGACGACGGCCUCGACUACCGUUCGGCCGACUCCUCUCCCAACCACGACUACAACUACCGAAGCCACAGAAGAACCAACAGAGGCACCGGAAACAACUACUACCCCACGAACCACGCGACGCACACCGCCAACAACCCGGCGGCCUACCACAACAACCACGACUACUACCGAAGCCACCACGGAAGAAACUACGACGGAGGAGACGACCACCACCACAAAGGCCACCACGAAACGACCAACAACCAAGAAGCUACCCACAACAACGCGGCCCAGACCGACCACCACCACCACGACCACUACGGAAGCCACUACCACCGAAGUGACGGAGAGUACCACCGAGCCGGUGGCUGUGAUACCGAAUGUCAUCAUCAUCAACGGAACCAUCGUGGGCAGCAUGACACCGAUGGUGGUCUCGUUUACCGUUAACGGUGUGGCCACGUAUUUCUACUAUAUCACCGUUCUACUGGCGAACGGGCAAAUUGUGCCGGUAUUGGCGUACGGUGAUCCGAUGGUUCCUGAUGCUAAUGGAUUGAUCUCCGGUUAUAUCAUUAAUCAUUCAAUUACUGGGACGGUCACACCCAAUCCCACCGACUCCAUUUUUAUCCGUAUUGUGGUACGGUUGAAUAACGGAUCGUACGCCAUUAUGCCGAUAGAGACCACGGCCACGGCCACCACGACCACCGGAAGUGUCCUGUACGUCCUUCCCCAUCUGUUUAACUGGGUCAUUCCCACCAAUGUUGUCGUUUACAUAACCCUGCCGUUUUUCUAUGUGAACGGUUCGAUAACCGGAAUGGUUUCGCAAGAGGUCACCACGACGACUGCCGCUACUACGACAUCCGCACAGGAGGUCACCGCUAGGCUGAAUGUAAUCGUGGUACCUGGUGAUAGUGAUGACCUCACAACCAAAAGAAUGGGAACAAUCGCCACCACAGCUGCGCCGCAGCUUAUCAGUUUGGUCACUUUAAAUUUUAGUGAAGGAACGACGGAAGCCACUACGAUACCGACCACCCAUCGAUCUCGAGUUCGCCGUUCCUCCACCACGACCACCGAGUCAACGGAGGCGGCGACCGAAGCCACCACCCAUCGGUCCAGACGCCGUCGGUCGUCCACCACUACAACAAUUAAGCCGGAGGUUGAACCGGAAACAACGCCGGAAGAAACGACCACCACUACCACGACGACACCGGCUCCGAAGAUAGUGGUGAUCAUUCCACAGACCACAACGCCGACACCCACGACGACGAGGACGACAACAACCACCACAACGACGACAACGGAGGAGCCAACGACAACUGAAACAACACGCCGAAGCCGGAUCCGCCGGUCAUCAACCACCACCACUGAAGCCAGCACUGCGGUUCCCACUGUGGCCACGCCCCGGUUGGUGGUAACGGCCUGGACCAGUGAAGAGACAGUGGCGCCGGCUCCCACGACAACUGUCGCCCCGAUCACCAGCACAAGUAAAAUAAAUAUCGUGGUUAUACCGAAUAACCAGGUGGAAGUCACAACACCGGCGCCAGUUGUAGCAACAACGCGAUGGACGCCACGCGCCCGUUGGACAUUCCCUACCCACGAGGCGGUCACUGUACCCUCUGCCGGAGAAAGCACUACCAGUUCCUCAAGGUGGUCACGCCGGACACGAUGGACGACGACGUCGUCCGCCGCACCAGAAGAAGAAACGACGCAGGCCACUACCCGGCGCUCGAGAAUACGCCGAUCCAGCACGACCACCACCACGCCCGAGUCAACGGCAGCAGUGUUCAUCGCCGCGGCCACCACAGCCCCACCCACUACUACCACGCCGAGCAAAAAGCAACCCAAGAUCUUCGAUGAACUGUUACCGGCUAACAUGACUGUGCCGCCACCUAUCGGUAACCUGUCGGAUCAGUACACCCGGGUCAUCGUCAUCCAAGUCCCCAACGAUAUGAACGCCUCACUGGCGCAGACACUGAACGAGAUGCAGGUGUUACCGGUUGACCGCACCCAGUACACUUCCGUCGGCGAUUUCUACCGUCCCAACUGGACACCACUGGAACUGAACACGCUGGAUAAAUCCGCCAUACCCGGUGUCAUGUACCCGGCAUAUAAGGAACCGGUGAAGACAAAUUUCACGUGUUUCGGCCGACAAGUGGGCUGGUACGCUGACCCCGAGACGCGCUGUCAGCAAUACCACAAGUGUGACGGUAACGGAGUGGAGCCGGUAGAUUCGCCGUUAUUGUGUCCCAUUGGGACAUUGUUCUCUCAGCUGAUUCAGACGUGUGUUGUAUGGUACGACGUCGCGUGCAGUGGUAUCGGUAUUGUACCAUCACUGGCGAUUGUUUCCGGUACUCAACCAGUUGUUGCGACGGGUCAAGCGGUGCCCGGUAAAAUGAACGUGGUGGUACUGGUCGGUGGAAACAGUGCAAUUAUCCCCGUCACUGCGAUAACAGUAGCGGCUACCACUACGACGACUACGCCGACAACGACUACUACCACCGCUGCCAUCACUACGACGCUUCCCACAGCUACCACCACCACUACACCAACUACGACUACAACCGCGGCACGAAAUACAACGAAGACUUUGAUCUCGAAUAUUCCCAUCAGUAUCAGUUUCACUGGAGGAAACCAGAGCCAGAGCACACUCUUCACACGCCGACACCGAAGUCGAUCCACAACUGCAGAAGGAACGACGACAGUAGCACCUGUACCUGCUGCUGAAACGACGCCGGCUCCAAACCUCGCUGUGGUAAUUUUACCGGGCGCCCAAGUAACCGUCGCAACCGAGGCAACCACGGCAACUACGGUAAUCCCGGUAGUAACAACCACCGAGGCAACGACCACCACAGCGUCUACUAUCACUGCGACGCCGGCAAGUAACCUCAAUAUCCUGAUUAUCCCGGCUGUGAACGGAUCCGAAACUCCUGCCGGAAACGCGACGGUACCAACCGGAAGAGAGGAGACCAGCAACGGUACGGUGGUACUGAAUGGUGGCAUAGUGGGCAGCGCGACACCACCGAUUGUUAUGUUCACUGUUAACGGUGUACCGACGUACUUCUACUACAUUACCGUCAUCCUGGGCAAUGGGCAGAUGGUACCCAUGCUGGCAUACGGACCUUCGGUGGCAGCGGGACCAUUAACGGUGCAGAUGGUUGGCGGUGUCGUUAACGGUUCCGUCGUCAACCCAACCAUUACCGGCACGGUGACCCCGUUUCCCACCGGUCCAUCCACGAUUCGCAUCGUCAUCCAGCUGACGAACGGGUCAUACGCGAUCGUUGCGGUGGAGACCAACGCUACCGCCACGUUGACCAAUGGGACAGUGAUUCCCGUACUGAGCCACUUGUUUGUCUCGUCUCAACCGCCGCCCAACAGUUAUAUUUACUUGCGGUUCCCUUUCAUUUAUCUCCCCAGUGGCACCGCGAUACCGCUAAUUCCCAACGCGCCAGUCAACGCGUUUGCUCCGCCGAUUAUCGUUAACGUCAACAACAACGGCACAAUACAAACCAUGUACUACGUGACUUUAGUCUUGACCAACGGUACAUUCGUGCCGGUGUAUGCGUACGGUGCGCCGGCCAACAUAACUGUCACUAGCACUACGGAGCCGGCGGUCAGCCUAACCAUUACCGGCUCGGCAUCCGGAACUGUUACCAACUAUCCGGCAAUAAUUUACCUGAGUAACGGAACAUUCGCCACCGUAAACGCUGUCUCCAAUGCAACAGCGACAAUGGCCAAUGGCGCCACUGUACCGGUCUUAUCAGAAAUUCCCGACGAAACCAAGCUAACGCAUGAAAGUGUGAUCCGUGUGACGUUCCCGUUCGAUUACACCGAGAACGGCACCGCUAUAACGUCGCUCAACCUUCCACCAGCCAACGCCUACAUAACCCCAACAAUAGUAAAGGUCACCAUUAGUAAUGCAACACAACUGCUGUAUCAGACGUCUAUCGUCUUCCAGAACGGUACCGUUGUACCGGCUCUAGCGUACGGAGUCGAAGAGAACGCGAAUACAACCCUACCGGAAAUUGCUAUCAACGCUACCAUUGCGCCACUGGCCACCGGGCAGUCCGUUCUCGUCGUACUUGUGCAGUUGAAUAAUGGGUCGUACGCGCAUGCCACCGUUCACACCAAUGCUACAGCCAUACUGGCUGAUGGAACGGUGGCGCCGGUGUUGUCGCAGUUGCCGACCGAAGCCAACGCCAUAGCCAACAGCGUGGUCUACAACACGUAUCCUUUCGUUUACCGCACUGACGGUACCGCCGUUCCAAUCGUCCCGGUGGUCCCCGGAGCCGCAUUCACCCCACCCGUUUCACAGACAGUUACCACCGGAAACGGCACGUCACAGACACUGUACCACGUUACCGUUGUCGCGUCUAACGGAACCGUCCUGCCACUGUUCGUAAUACAAGCGCCAACUGGUGGUAAUGCUACCGGAAACGUCACCGCACCAGUGAAUCCAGCGGCAACUGCCGUGACAACGACAGCCGCCAGUGUGUCAAAUGCUUCCGCUAUCCCGGUGGUCUUCAACAACCCUGGGUUGUCGUCGAUGACGGUAUAUAUUAAAUUAGCCAACGGAUCGUUCGCGCCGGUAACCAUCAGUUUCACGUCGACGGCAACGUUAAGCGACGGAGCGGUGGUGCCGGUUCUCUUGCAUAUUCCCGACGAAACUUCGCUAAACGUUACCAGCGCUGCAGUCCCAACGUUACCGUUUGUUUACUCACCGCAAGGAGAUGUGUUGGUGUCAGGCAACGUAACCACCGAAAACAAAACUGUAGUUUUGCCGGUCAUCACGGAAACGGAAAGUACGACGGCAGCCGCUGCGGUAAAUGUUGUAGUGGUCGGUGGGCAAGCGACGAUACCAGCUGCCACUAUGCCUGCUGUCACCACAACGGAAGGCCCCACCACAUGGCACCGUCGAGGCCGCUGGACCACCGAAGCAACUACCGCCAGUGCGGCAAAGGUCGCGGUGGAAACCUCGACCGUCAUUGUAACCGGCAACUUGCCGAUAGUAAUCACCAACGCCGGAAACGACAGCCAUGUCAACGUCUCCGUGUCUCCGAACGGUACGGCGGCAGUUGCGGUCUCACACACUGGUCCCGUUUUUGUGGGUGGCAGUUCAUCGUUGUUUUGAAUUCCUCAUCAUCGGAAGCGGAAGCAGAGACGACGGCCACAACGACAACCACCCGGGGACGGCGUACACGAUGGGCGACCACCGGGGCUCCCACGACGACACUCCCCACACUGGAACCGACGA